GUCAGGAGCUAUCCCCAGAAAAGGUGAAUCUAGAAGAUAUAUCACUAAUUGAAAAGGAAAUGAUACAUGCCACAAAUGUGGGAAGGCUGAUCAUUACAUCAAAGACUACCCCUUGCACAAAGUAGAAUACAAAGAGUAUGUCAAACAAAAUAGUGAGAAGGAAAAAUGCAGGAAAUAGGUUCUAGGAAAGUACAGCAGCAAGGCUAAAGCUUAUAGGGUUGCAAUGUAAGUCAUAGCUUCUCUGGGUGAUUCACUCUAUGAUACUGAUGAGUCUGAGCAGCAUGAAGAUGUCUCUAUAAUGAAUGUAGAAGAUGAUGUUCAAGUUUAUGACUCUCUCUUUGCCUUGAUCACAAACUCAGACGAGGAUGAAGAUGAAAAGGAGUUAUGACUAGAAGCAGCUUUACGACUGGACACGGCUUGAGAAAACUCUAUGAGAAAAGAUCGAAAUCCCUUGAAAACUCUCAGCCUGCAAUGGUUUCUUCCUCUGCUUCUCCAGACAGAGAGGAGUGGGACAAUGUUAUUGCCUUUACUGGAUCGGCUUCGUUGGAAAAGGCCGGUCCUCUUGUUGGAUCCGUUGACGUCGCUGAAUCCAUGGAUGAGUAUUUGUUUCGUGUUUCACUCCCUGGUGUUACCAGGGAUGAAAAAGUCAUAAGCUGUGAAGUUAGACCUGAUGGGAGAAUUGUCAUAAAAGGAGAGAGCGCGACCGGAGAGAGCACGGUUUGCAAGCACAGUAUGGUUUUUAAGAUGCAAACUCAGAACUUAUGCCCACCGGGUGAAUUUACUGUUUCAAUCCAGCUACCAGGUCCAAUUGAUCAUCUAACCUCAGAUUGUGUUUUUGGAACUGACGGGAUUUUUGAAGGAGUUGUGAAGAAAAAAAAAAAAAAACAGGUCCUUUGAGGGGCAAUGACAUAUUUACAUCAAAAUCUUUCAUCUUUAUGAUUGGGAGAAGCCAAAUUUAGAAGACCAGGAGCAAUGCUCAGUUGAUUCCGGGAACUUUCUGCAGCUUUUAGCUUUAUUUCCAUCAUGCUUUAGUUCUUUUGUGUGUAUGCCGUCUUGUUCUUUCCAUUGUUAAGACUUAUGGGCAUGGCUAACCGAACUUAGGCACUUCUACUGAUUGGGUUCAAACUUAUAGACUUUGUGUUUUGUAUUUAAAGACCAUGUAUUUUGUCA